GGGCACCGGGUCAUCUGGCUCGACAGCGGACAUUGGGUCACCAGGUAUGACAGCGGGCACUGGGUCAUCAGGCAUUGGAUCGUCUGGCUCGACAGCAGGAAUCGGGUCACCAGGCAUCAGGUCAUCUGGCUCGACAGCAGGCACCUAGUCAUCUGGCAAGACAGUGGGCAUCGGGUCACCAGGCAUGACAGCGGGCACUGGGUCAUCAGGCAUUUGAUCGUCUGGCUCGACAGCGGGCAUCGGGUCACCAGGCAUGACAGCGGGCAGUGGGUCAUCAGGCAUUGGAUCGUCUGGCUCGACAGCGGGCAUCGGGUCACCAGGCAUGACAGCGGGCACUGGGUCAUCAGGCAUUGGAUCGUCUGGCUCGACAGCGGGCAUCGGGUCACCAGGCAUGACAGCGGGCACCAAGCCACCUGGCAUGAUAGGAUCAUUAGGCUGGAUCAGCUGGGCAGAGACAUUAGGCUAAAUUGCGGGUGCCAAGGCACCAGGCUGAACCACGGAAGGCGGGUUCUCAGA